UGUCCGAGAAACCUUUGGUGUGCGGCUGUGAGAGGGAGAGGGAGAGGGAGAAAAAACUAAAGCAUACUUGCAAUGUCAGUGUGUUUAGAAGUAAAGGAGACAAAUACUGACGGGCUCGUCGACUAGUGCACUUUUUGACCAAAUUAAAAGUAAAAAAGUAUAUAUUUAUGUACAAUAUCCGAAGCAAAGGAUUACUUCAAGAAGAAAACGUAUUCAGCCGGCUGCGCUUGCUUUGAUGGCUUAUUCACGUUGGUGACACAGCGGUUUGCAGCUUUGUUUUCUAGAGUUGCUGGCAUUAUAUGAUGAGUUCCACUGGAUACUUUGCCAGAGAAAGACAAGUGAUCAAGUGUACCCACCGCCAACCCAGGCAUCUCUGAACGCCAGCCUUAACUUUCAAGGAACUGCACAAGCAAUCAUGUUGGAAAGCAAAAAUUUAUCUCAUGUUGUAUUAGUUACCUAUUUGGUUUUGGAAUUAUUGAUCCAGAAUGUUAAAGGUCUUAAUAUUUGCAUGAGUGGCAGUGCUACCUCCUGUGAAGGAUGCCUUCUCAUCCACCCAGUCUGUGCCUGGUGUGCGCAAGAGGAAUUCGGCAGUAGCAGGACAGUCACAUCAAGAUGCGACUACAGGGAAAGCCUGUUGAAGAGGGGCUGUGAGAAGCACUUUAUCCACAGUCCUGGAAGCAGCAUGGCGGUGCUCAAGAAUACGCCUUUAAGUUCCAAGGGCUCAGCUCCCACCCAGUACGAUGUUAUUCAGAUAAUGCCUCAGAAGAUUGCUCUCAGCCUGAGACCUGGUGACCAGACCUCUUUUGGGGUGCAGGUGCGGCAGGUGGAGGACUAUCCCGUGGAUCUCUACUACCUGAUGGACCUCUCCCUCUCCAUGAAGGACGACCUGGACACUAUCCGCAACUUGGGCACCAAACUGGCGGAAGAAAUGAAAAAACUCACCAGCAAUUUUCGUCUGGGCUUUGGCUCGUUCGUGGACAAAAAUAUAUCGCCGUUCUCCUACACAGCGGCAAAGUAUCGGAACAACCCCUGCAAUGGAUACAAGCUGUUCCCCAACUGCGUCCCGUCUUUUGGGUUCCGCCACCUCCUCUCCCUGACUGACAAAGUGGACCGGUUCAACGAGGAAGUGCAGAAGCAGCUGGUAUCUCGGAACAGGGAUGCUCCUGAGGGGGGGUUUGACGCCAUCCUCCAGGCCGUAGUGUGCAAGGACAAGAUUGGCUGGAGGAAGGAGGCGUUCCACUUGCUGGUCUUCACCACGGAUGACGUUCCACACCUCGCACUGGACGGCAGGCUGGGCGGAGUGGUCCAGCCACACGACGGGCAGUGUCACCUGAACGAGAAGAAUGAGUACAGCGGCUCCACAAAAAUGGAUUAUCCAUCACUUGCACUCCUGGGGGAAAAACUGGCAGAAAACAACAUCUAUCUCAUCUUCGCUGUGACAAAAAGGCUGUAUGUGAUUUACAAGAACUUUACUGCACUGAUACCAGGGACAACUGUGGAAAUUCUUGACCAGGACUCCAAGAACAUAAUACAGCUGAUCAUCAAUGCCUAUAAUAGUAUCCGUUCUAAAGUGGAGUUGACAGUCUGGGAUCACCCGGAAGACAUUAACCUGUCUUUCACAGCCACCUGUCAGGACGGACGGCCACGCCCAGGGCUCAGGAAGUGCGGGGACCUCAAAAUUGGGGACACUGUCUCUUUCAAUGUGUCUGUGGAUGCCAGGGGCUGUCCUGCUGAGGAUACCAGGCACAAGUUCACCAUCAAACCUGUCGGAUUUAAGGAUACUCUGGAGGUCACCGUCAACUACAAGUGUACCUGCGGAUGCACCAAGGAGAUGGAGAGCAACAGCACCAAGUGCAGCAGCAUCGGCACCUACCAGUGUGGCAUCUGCAGCUGUGAUCCUGGGUACCUGGGAGCCCGGUGCGAGUGCCAGGAGGGGGAGGACAGCAUGUACCAGACCAUGUGCCGGGAGGCCGAGGGGAAGCAGCUCUGCAGUGGCAGGGGGGAGUGCAGCUGCAAUCAGUGCCUCUGCUAUGAGAGCGAGUUUGGAAAGAUAUACGGGACAUUCUGUGAGUGCGACGACUUCUCCUGCGCCCGGCACAAAGGCAUUCUCUGCUCAGGUCGUGGGGAAUGCCACUGUGGAGAAUGCAAGUGUCACGCCGGCUAUAUCGGAGACAACUGUAUCUGCUCGACGGAAACAGAUACGUGUCUCUCCAAUGACGGUCAGAUCUGCAGCGGCCGGGGGAACUGUUUCUGCGGGGAAUGCCAGUGCAGCGAGCCGGGAGCUUUCGGGGACACCUGCGAAAAAUGCCCUACCUGCCCUGAUGCCUGUGGCACAAAGAGGGAGUGCAUUGAGUGCAGGCUGUUUAACUCAGGAAGGCUUGCCAACAACCAGACCUGUGACAGACUCUGCACGGAUGAGAUCAUCACAGUGGACACACUCAAUACAGAUGACCAGAAUGCAGUUCUGUGUCUGUAUAAAACUGAGAACGAUUGUGUGAUGAAGUUUACGUACUCAGAACACGCCAGUGGCCAGUCAGUCCUCGCUGCACUCAAAGAGCCUGAGUGUGGCACUCCUCCGGACGCGCUCACGGUGCUCCUGGCCGUCGUCGGCAGCAUCCUGCUGGUCGGCAUCGUGCUGCUGGCGAUUUGGAAGCUCAUCAUCACUGUCCACGAUAGACGGGAAUUUGCCAGGUUCCAGAGCGCCCGUUCCAGAGCCAGAUACGAGAUGGCUUCCAAUCCCCUGUACAAGCAGCCCAUCUCUAGCCAUGCUGUGGAGACUGUGUUUAACAUGCAGAACAAGUUGUACAAUGGCACGGUCCACUGAUCUGCUGAAGGAAUCAAGGUGUACCACAGUGAGGACCAGAGUGGUGCAGACAGUGACCCAGAUGCAAUAUUGACUGGAAGAUGUAUUCAUCUGUGAGGGGAAUAAGAUAGCAAAACUACAGUCUUUGAUGUCUAAGGAGUUAGAACGUGAUGGCAUUUUUGUAAAUGUCCAGUGGUGCGCGCUGUGCAGUUGAGGAUGUAAAGCCAAACUGACCGACUUGCUUAUAUUUUUUAUUACUUAAUCAGGAGAGGAACAUAUUUAACCCUUUAUUUGCUGUGCCGUAUUGUAGAAUUCUGGUGUAGUCAGGGAUACAAAAAAAAAGGGUUGCAGGAGUUGAACUUUUCGGACAGUGCAGUCACUGAAACAACACAUACUUUUGCAUGGUGCAUGGGGGGGGGGUGUGGAACACAAGGCUUUCUGGAAGUGUUUUGUAUACAUUUUACUUGUUUGUUGGACUUGAAAAGAAUUACAUGCAUAAUUAUCUUGUUACAGUAACUUUCCCAUUCUGCAUAAACUAUGUUAAAUGACUUCUGAACAUUAUUAUCAAUGAUACAGAUUUUGCUACAAACAACAGGAUGUUGUUUAUAUACAUUAUACAUUAUAUUUUAACUUUGGGAAUGCAUUCCCAUGCAACAGCAACAGGACUGUGCAUUUUUCUAUAAUCUCAAACAAUUGUAUACCUAUUUUUAUGCAUUGAUAACUCUAAUAAUGCUGAUGACAGCAACGUUUCGGUACUAAUGUAAAAUAUGUUUGUUCUUUUAUGUUUUGCACACUAGAAAUAUUUGCUAUUUGCCAUGUAUAAUUGGCUUGGGUUUUACAUUGCAAUUGGAGUAUGAUUACCUUUGCACUAUGAUGUUGCCUUGUUUCAAUUUGGUAAUUGUCUUACCGUGUAGUGUUUGUAACUCUGAGUGCAAAAGCAAUCUAGGUUACCGGUGUACUCUGAAGGUGAAGGCUGGCCUUUCCUGAUUGUUUUACUUAAAGGUGUUAGAGCUUUAGUUUCUUAGACUAAAUCUUCCCCCUAUUCCCCUCACUACCCAAGAUAAUAAAAUGCAGUAGAUAGCAGAUAUCUGGAGCUGAGUCACUUAUUAAAUAAAAUUUGGAAGGACCUUGUAUCUACAAUGCCACAUUGGUGUCUCAUUACAAAUGUACAAUCAGAAACACAUGACCCUUCUGAUUUCAAAAAGCUGUUACAUUCUUGUUACACUAGUCUAUUCCAUUUCUUGAGGUAAAUCAUUGGAACAUACUGUAUAUAGAUCAUUUUAUAACUUCAGAUGAAACUCCACUUUUCAAUGCUGUAGAACCAUUCAUUAUCCAAUUUAAAUAUGUUAAUAAAUGAUCCCUAAGGGAUAAGGUUCUGCUUAAGCUUCAGUCGUGAACUUUCCAAUCCAGGACGUUUACUGACCCCACUCUUUCCAGGUUCAGCUUGAUUUUCUGACGGUUCUGUUUUAACCAGAUCUCGCCACGAUUCCAUCAUUAAGAGUUUUGGACAAACUUUUUUUAGACUUACACAGAUGUCCUCCUGCAGGCACUUUCCACCCACCCUCUGGUGAGGUGUGGUAUACGUGCCAAGCAAUGUCACUUUCUCGCAUGCCUAGACUCCUCUGGGACUGGCAAGCCAAGUAGCGUCGACCAUGGAGAUGGGGUGCAGGCAUGGCUAUAAAAACACUUUUUAAUUCAUCAUGGUCGUCAGUUAGAUUUUAGCCCCAAAUCAUAAACCCAAAAGAUGUCAGUCCCGCCAAGAAGCUUGGGACUGAAUGCCAUUACAGUGACUUGACUGUGUCUCAGGGUUUACAGGCAUAUAUUGCAAAGAAGCUUCUUGGAGGUAGGACUGAGCAAUUAACUGCAUGAAUCCAUAUAUGUUUUAUUUUUUUUUCCUUUAAUGUGCAUGCCGUCUGUUUAGGUUGUAUAUUGUUAUACUUGCAAACUAAAUUUGACCCUGAAUUUAUUUAAACAAUACAACAUGUCGAACCAGA